CACCUGUCCCCUUCUAUGUUUAAGCAGCUCUGCUCAGAUGGGUACUUAUUGUUGCAGUACUCGACAGCAUUUUGGAACUGGAUUUUGGCCAACCUGUUCUCGUACCCUGUCAGUUUAUCCAGCUUCUGCUUCUGUUUGCCGCCUGACUGGGUUUGUAAAUCCCUCACUGACUUUGACUUGGAUUUGGAUUGCGGACUACGAGUUUUCCCCCCUGGCAAAUCAGCAAGCACCACGGUACAAAUCUCUGUCUGCCUCUCGUGUCUUCUGCAGUUCUCCUCAACCUUUGCCCGAGUCCCUUCUUGCCCUGUGCCAAACUGUUUCAAAGGACUUUUAUCAUCUUGUCGUUCCAUCAGAAGCACCUGUGCUGUCCUCAUUUCAGCCAUAGAGCCUGAAAAUAUUCCAAACUACACCUCUUCACUGUACUAUCAGUACCAAAGCCCAGUCUCGUCUGUCCAGUACUAUUCCGAAGAGGAACAAAGAGGUGUCAGCCCCCCACUUGAGGUAUCAGAAAGUGAGGACGCGUCUGAAUACCACAACCUGCCCUCAAUCAAGAAAGACACAAAUGCCAAGAGGAAAAUCCGCUUGUAUCAAUUUCUCUUGGACUUGUUGAGAAGCGGCGACAUGAGUGAUUCCAUCUGGUGGGUGGACCAGGAAAAGGGCAUUUUCCAGUUCUCCACUAAACACAAAGAAGCCCUGGCCAGUCACUGGGGAGUCCAAAAAGGAAAUCGCAAAAAAAUGACCUACCAAAAAAUGGCUCGUGCUCUGAGGAACUAUGGUAAAACCGGUGAGAUUCAAAAGGUGAAAAAGAAGCUGACUUACCAGUUCAGUGAAGAAAUUCUGAGGAACCUCUAUUCACAACAGUACUGUAACUAAUGAAGAAAAUACUUUGUUUUGUACUCUCCAUGAGGUAUUGUGCGGUUUGCAAUUGCAUUACUAUUUAUUUGCUUCCUGUGCGACAUUUGCUACAUUUUCCAAAUCGUUUAAUUUCAUCAUUUGACGCCAGGGGACAAAUAAUGUAAAUACAUGAGUUUUGUGGCUUCAAUCAAUAAAGUUUUUAACAUUCAUACAUCAAUGGGGUCAUAUGGUGAGCUGGUGUUCCCUGCAAAUAAAGUUUGAGUGAAGAUGCCUUUGAAAACAAAAUAUAUUAAAAUGGAUUGCAAUCAU